GCUUCUUCUGCUCCUCCGUCUCCUCCUCCUGCUCUUCUUUCUCCAACAUCUUCUUCUCCUCCUGCUCCUCCUCGCUCGGACGUGCAGAGCGAAGCGGGGGAGAAACCGUACGCGUGUGACGUGUGCGAGUACAGGACGUGCUCCCGCGAGAGCCUGAAACAGCACAUGCGAACGCACACGGGAGAGAAACCGUACGCGUGCGAUACGUGCGGGUACCGAUGCUCUCGGCUCAGUGGCUUACAGGCGCACGCACGCACGCACACGGGAGAGAAACCGUACGCGUGCGAUGUAUGCGAGUACAGGAGUUCUCAGCUGGCGAAUCUCCAGAGCCACGCACGCACGCACACGGGAGAGAAACCUUACACGUGCGACAUAUGCGGCUCCGCCUACACCACUUCCGGCACCCUCAGGAAGCACUUUCUCACGCACACGAGCCAGAAACCAUACGCGUGUGACGUGUGCGAGUACAGGACUUGCUCCAGGGACAACCUGAAGUGUCACAUGCGAACGCACACGGGAGAGAAACCUUACACGUGCGACAUAUGCGGCUCCGCCUACACCACCACCGGCAGCCUCAAGAAGCACUUUCUCACGCACACGGGCGAGAAACCGUACGCGUGCGACGCGUGCGAGUACAGGACUUGCUACCGCGAGAGCCUGAAGACUCACAUGCGAACGCACACGGGAGAGAAACCGUACGCGUGCGAUGUAUGCGAGUACAGGUGUUCUCGGCUGACGCAUCUCCACAGACACGCGCGCACGCACACGGGAUACACGUGCGACAUAUGCGAAUACAGGUGUAGGACCGCCAGCGACCUCAAGGUGCACUUUCUCUCGCACUGGCACACGGGAGAGAAACCGUACGCGUGUGACAUCUGCUCUUUCAGGGGCUUGUCCUCGGCCGCUCUCUCGAAACACAUGCGCACGCAGUCGCACCAAAGAAAAGCCACGUACAAUCAAUUGUGAGUGAUGUGAUGGAUGC